AUGUUCUCGAUGGAUCCAUUCGAUUUCGAGACGGUAAUGAGCCGACAUUUAUUCGAGGGUAGUUCGAUGGCAAAUCAUAAUUCACAAACACCUGGAAUGAAUCAUUCAUCAAAUUCUAACAGUUCCAAUGAUUAUUUCCUAUGUGAUGAUUCGAUUACCGAUACCGAUUCAUUCAACAGUGACCAAGAAAACAACAAUGAGAUUAAAGAACGAAUUCCAAAAUACCGUCGCAUAAAAUGUGCAUCACAACAAGCUCAACAACGUCACGCUGCCAACCUUCGCGAACGACGUCGUAUGCAAUCAAUUAAUGAAGCAUUUGAAGGUCUUCGAACUCAUAUUCCAACAUUACCCUAUGAGAAACGGCUGAGCAAAGUGGAUACGCUCAAGUUAGCCAUUUCCUACAUUUCUUUCUUAAAUGACAUGCUCAGAAAAGACAAAAAUGGCAACGAGACGGGACUAAAUGGCGUGAAAAGGAAUAUCCAAAAAGAACCACCAAAAAAGUUUUACUUGAAAGGAAGUAUUGGAACACAUUCACUCUCGUGGCAUAGAAAGGGCGAUAAGAACUUGAAUGGUCGUUACUUUGCGAGAAUUUGGCGACCAGAAGAUCCACGUUCAAACAUUCGUCAUAAUCAACUCAAUGGAAAUUCAUUUCAUUUAUGAAUUUAAAAUUUUUCUAACUAGUCAACAUCUUAAAAUAAUAUUUCAGGUCAUAUUCUAGUCAUGUUUUUACAUUUCUUUUCAUCUGUGGUAAAAUAAAUCAUUAAUAAAAAUAUAUUUAAAUUUAAUAUUUA